CAGUCACUAAGUCCACCGAAAAACAACAUAUUUUUCAGAUACAGUUACGUUACUGUUUUAUCUGAAUAAAUUUAAUCUAAGGGGUCUUACCAAUGGCCACAUGUUGCACCCGGUCAAAAACUACAAGAUUCUGGGGUGAAACCCGCGGCCACUAUCAGCAAUACGCGCGGCCCUUCAUUAUAAAUACAGUUCUCGCCCACAUCUUUUACUCGGUUUCAUCUUCUAAAAGGUCCAGGAACAAAUACUAAAGUUAUUUCAGUGUCUGCAACAAUGUCGGACGUGGAUUCAGACACAGAGGCUCAAGGUCAGGGGGUAAGUGCUCUGGAUGAGUUUCGCGAAAGCUGGCAGCGGGAGCUACAAGUGCAGGCGGAGCACACACAGGUGGACACCGGUGGGUCAACUGGCCCUGGCCAUGCCAGUGAGGCUGAUAUAUUGCAGGCCAAAGCGGAGAGUCUGUACCGCACGGCCGUACAGCUGGAGCAAAGAGGAAAGGUCUACGACGCAAUACCUUUCUAUCGCAAAGCCACGCAGAUUGUACCUGACAUUGAGUUCAAAUUCUAUGAGCAACAAAAACUAAAGAACGAAGUCAACAAAAAGUAUCAUAACCUGGCCAGCGACUUUUCCAAGCAACUUGAUCUUGGGCAGCCGCAGCCCGAAGGGAUAGAGGGCGGCGACCAGUUGAUUGACAACCUAUACGAAAAGUUCCAGCAUGAUCUACGUCAAGAGAAUGUGUACAACGGCAAGUUAAUAGCAUCCAGCAGGGAUCCCGGUGUCCUCUCCACAGGACUGCACAUAUCUGAUUUACCGCCCGAAAUUGUGAUGCGCAUUCUGCGCUGGGUGGUAUCCUCCCAGUUGGAUAUGCGCUCACUGGAUCAAUGCGCCGCUGUCUGCAAAGGUUUCUAUGUGUACGCACGCGAGGAGGAGCUCUGGCGACUGGCAUGUGCAAAAGUUUGGGGCCACAGCAUUGGUACUUUAGAUGCCCAAGAUGCCGAGAAUUCAACCGUCUACUACUCGUGGCGCGACAUGUUUAUUCGUCGGGAAAGAGUUAAUUUUAGCGGGUGUUACAUUAGCAAAACCACGUACCUGCGAAUGGGCGAAAACAGUUUUCAGGACCAAUUCUAUCGUCCUGUGCAGCUGGUGGAAUAUUACCGGUAUAUUCGAUUUAUGCCCGAUGGCAAGGUUAUCAUGAUGACCAGCGCCGACGAGCCAUCGCAGGGUGUCACCAAGAUUCGUAACCUGCACAACCUACGACCAGAUGUUAUGCGUGGUCGCUACCGGCUAUUUGGCAACACAGUAACGCUGGUGCUGCAGAAGUCACAGUCACAGUCAAGGGGAACCACCGGAGGACAUAUGCGCCAGAGACGUGGCAGUGUCAUGCCGUUCGACGAGGACUCGAAUGCCACACAGUUUCUGAUUGAGCUGCGUAUCACUCACUCACCCAAACGUCGCUGUGCCCAGUUGGUCUGGGCACACUACACGCUGGUGCAGAAACGCAACAAGGAGGACACUAGCUCCGAGUUUGACCUAACGGACACAAAAUAUCCUUCGCUGUGGUUCUCGCCUGUAAAGAGUUAUCACCUAGACGCCGAUGCACCAUUGGUCUAAGCUAUAAACGUUCCUGUAAGCAUGGAAAUAAAAAAAAAAAGUAUGCAGUGCCUCCCCGAAAAA